AUGAGACUGGGCGUUAUAUCGUACGCUUACCCCGUCAUCCCGAUUUCGGCAUCAGACUGGGUGCUUCCAAGCGGGUACUCGUUGAAUGAUGCUUUGUGCGUGGGACCAGUGGUGCAGGACGACUUGCUAGAUCAGCUUUUGCGGUUCCGCACGUAUAAGGUGGCAUUAGUUGGCGAUAUAGCAAAAAUGUACCGCCAAAUACUUCUUCAUCCUGACGAUCGACCGUUGGUGCGAAUCUUGUUUCGCUUCGAGCCGCAGCAGCCGGUGCAGACCUACCAGCUGAAUACUGUAACGUAUGGUCUCGCACCUUCCUCCUUUCUCGCUACGCGCGCUCUUAUUCAGCUGGCUGAUGAUGAGGGUAAUGCAUACCCACGAGCGGACCCCGCUCUACGAAAGAAUUUUUACGUCGACGACUUCAUCGGUGGAGCCCAAUCAGUUGAGGAAGCCACCUGCCUACGAACUGAAUUGGCUGAGCUACUACAAAAGGGCGGAUUUGAGCUGCGGAAAUGGACGUCGAACUGUGUUGAUGUGCUGCAUGGGCUGGAUGAGGCACAGGUUGGAACCACAACCAAAAUGAGCUUCGAUUCUCACGAAGCCGUGAAGACACUUGGCAUCAGUUGGGUUCCACAAGGUGAUUGGCUGGUGUUUGAAGGUGUGUGCCAGCCAGACGACGAUGUGAUCACCAAGCGAUCUGUGUUAUCUGCCAUCGCAAAAAUGUACGAUCCUUUGGGGAUGAUAGCGCCGAUAAUCAUCCGUGCUAAGAUGAUUAUGCAGGAGAUAUGGGUGUCGUCACGUGAUUGGGAUGAAUCGUUGCCAGAAGACAUCCCUAUGGUGCUUGCACAUAUGUGCGGUGUGAAGACGCUGGGCGAGUUCGAGUCAUGCUUUUAG